UUCCGCCCGCCACGCCCCCUCCUCAUUGAAGGUGAAGAGCAUCGCUAUGGCUUCCAACUUCACGGUUUUUCUUCUGUCCACGGGAUUAUUCACGACUGUAGUCGGCUUUGAGAGAUGCAGCAUGUAUAAGACAGACUCUGUAGUCUGUGAUUUUUGGAGAUCUGAGUUCUGCUGUGGGACCUGUGAUGAGAGCUACUGCUGCUCGGAUCAACAAAAGAAAUUUACUAUUAAAGCACAAAGUGACUGUCUUUUCAAAGACCUCAGGAUUUCGCCUAAAUAUUCUCCUCAACGCGACGCUGUUUCUAUUGCCGUCAGUGCUUCCAUACUAGGACUUGUAGUCGUCAUCAUUUUGUUCCUCAUCUGCUGGGUCUGUCCACGCUGCUAUCUCUAUAAGAGGUUCAGAAAUCCUAGACCUGUGAUUACGACAACUACGGUCGUCACGACACAAUACCUUCCGCAGCCUUCAGCCGUCAUUCAGGGCGGUCAGUACCUUCCCUACCAGGCUUUGCCAAAUAACCCACCUUGUGGAGACCAACCAAUGUCAACUGGACCACCACCCUCAUAUCAGGAGGCUGUAGGUCCAGGGUAUCCUGUUCCCAUCCAUGAUGGUGGUCAGGCCACGUAUCCUCUACAGUCAUCGCUGCCCACAGACUACACCUCACCUCAACCAGCGUACAACCCUGCUUACACCAGUUGCAACAGUUCAGCCAUCAAGACCAGUAACUAAACCCAAACCGCUGCAUUCUGGAGGGUUACAUAUUUCGGCUCUGCUGUUGUGAAUUGUGCAGCUACUGUGGACACUAUCGUACAAUGGUGUUGAGAAUACUAUUGUUGUUGUCCAUUAAUAUUGCCGCAUUUAUGCUCUUGUUCACCAUUAUGUUUACACUUGUUUAAACAUUUGAAUGUUUCUUUCUCUCUAUUCUAACCAAAGAUCUAUCCAUUGUAGUUAUUUUGGGUCCUAGAUUGGUACAGAUAUUUUGAGAUUGUAAAUUUGUUAAGUUGUGAAUGUGACUAUCGAUUCAUUUCAUGCCAGUCAAACUAAACAAGAGUCAAGCUGACUAUCAGAGUUCAGAGUUGAAGAAAUUGUUAGUAUCAAGUUUACAGAAGUGGGUUUUGUCUCAGGCAUGUUCUGUCUGUUUGCAUUUAUAGAAUUGUGUAUUUAAAAUCAAUAUGCUUCACACGUUACACUGGUGGGUUUUGGUUUUGUUGAAUGUUUCUUGCAUGGGAGGGGCACUAUAGCCACUUAUCAGGAUUGUUUGAGUUACAACGGCAAGAAAAACAUGGUUUAAUUGGUCCUGCAGUCUCCGGAAAUACACCAUCAGCACGAAACGAGGUAUUGAGGGGGAUGAGCAGCGCUGUGCCUACAACAAUACGGUUCUUCUGCAGUUUUAUUUGUGGUGACGGUAGGUAAGUGUCUAAUAGUUUGUUUAAUCAAACACUAAGAAAAAUCUGUAGAUAAUGGAAAAAGGUACUGGUAAUGUGUUAUCCUGCUAAUGUGUUUUAGAUGUUUUCAAAGCUCCAAGUAUUG